AUGAUUGAUAGUGUUUAUACCGCCGCUAAAAUGAACCAAGAGCUGCCCACUGCAACACCAACUACUCAUUCGCAAUACUUCCCGAUUGAUCCAAUGGUGAACGGAUUAAGCGAUCUCCAUAUCGUCGCUUCCCAUACUGAAGCAGCUAAUGGUCAAACUCAAGGUACCGACCCACUAGAGAAGCUGGUGAAUAUGAACAUUGGAGUAACUGCAACGAAUUCUGGCACCUCAAGCUUAACAGCCUCUACGCAAUCAGCUUCAGCUAAUAGCUUAAACAAAAAAAGUCGCCUACUAGAUUCGAUGAACAUCCAAAGAUCGGGGUCCCCAUUUUUGGGUAAAGAAAAUAUGCAAAGUCCAUCGCUUGAUAAUAAUAAUAGCAAUAACGCUGGUAAUAGUACCUGGCCUUCGGCGAAUUAUAUGGGAUCCCAUAGUACAACGUCUCUCUCUGCGUUGCAAAGUCAAAGCAAAAGUGAGUUAGCGCUGCAGAUGUCACAUCUCACUCAAAAUAGACCCUUUAGUUUUGUCCAACAACAUCCAAAUAUUACAUCCAGUUUGCCUGUAAACUUAGUUGUCGAUACAUCACAACCACAUGCGGGUUAUUUUGGGCCACCUGCGCCGCCUGGUAUUGGUAAUCCUGCUUUGAAUGCAAUUCGUCCUAUUCAUGUAAUAUCACAAUGGCGAUACAUUGAUAUUCAUGGCCAACAGCAAGGUCCAUUUCCCUCAACUUCAAUGUCUCAAUGGUUGCAAGCUGGUUAUUUUCAACCAAGCUUACAAAUUCAAAGGGUCAACACAUCCAUGGAACCAUUCGGAAUCAAUGAAAAAUAUAUCACACUGAAUGAUUUGAUUGCUAAAGUGAACAAUUUCCAAGAUCCUUUCGACACAUUCGAUAAGAUUGCUUCACAUUACGCCAUUGGUAAGAAUAUUGCCACUACUAAUAACAGUGAUUUGCCAUCUAGUGAAGCUCACGAUGCAGAUGAACAAAUCAAGCAGAAAGCUAAAGAAUUAGCGAAUAUUCGAAGUGAUGAUUAUACAUUAGAUGAAAUCUUGAACUUGAAAUUCGAUGACGGAAGCUACUACAGGGAAGUCGUUGUUCAAAUCCCAAUGAAUACGAGAAAAAUCGUUACCAAAUUAGAUGAUUCGUUCGAAGUUCCAACCCUUGCUGCUGCUCCGAUAAGCGUACAAUAUCCUGAUAUGACAGCUCAGGAUGAACCUCAGUCUCAGCCUCAAGUUGAGCAGCAUAUUGAAUCCUUACAAGAAACAGUACCAGCUAUCGAGGAGGAACAAGUUGUCACCAAAGAAGAGAAGGCGCCUGUUCAGCAGGACUAUGUAGAAGGUGCUACUGAAGAAGUUGAAAACAUACCCGAAGAAGUAUCAACUUCAAAGAAAAAGAAGAAGAAGAAGAAAACAGAUAAUGCUGAAGAAAUCGAAAAGAAGCGUAAAGAGAAGGCUGAAUUGAUGGCGAAGAAAUUAUUAGAAGAACAAGAAGAAGAAGCCAGGAAAGAGAGAUCGAAGAAGGUAAAGAAACAAGAAAAAGAAGAAAAGAAGAAAUUGAAACAUUUAAGAAAGGAAGAGAAAGAAAGGCAACGUAAAAUGAAGAAAGAGGAUGCAGAACUGGAAGAGUUAAAAUCAGAUUCUGUUUCUGCUGAUAAUGUAGCUCCAUGGGCAGAUAGCAAUAGCGCCAACAAUGUUACUUCUACCAAAAAGGGUUUGUCAAUUGGCGAGUAUUUAAAGCAAGAAGAGCUUAAAAAAGCACAGGAAAAGAAAGAACGUGAACGUCAAAAUCGUGAAAAUCUUUUGAAGUUGAAUCAACAAUUAGUCGAAGAAGAACAAAAGGCAAAUGAAAUGAAAUCAGUAUUAAGUUGGGCCGAUAAACCAACUCAAGAACCAAUACAGGUAAAUAUUACUCCAUCAGUAAGUAAGAAAUUGGAAACCAAAACUAAACUCAAAAUCAAGUCAAGCUCCAAAAAAUCCAAGUCAACAUUUAUUGAAGAGCAACAAAAAAUUUGGGAGCAAUUACAAGGUAACUCACAGUCGACGGCGGCAACGGAAAGUGUUAACAGUAAUGCUUGGACAACAGUAAGUUCGUCUACUAAAUCUACAACAUCGGUACCAGCUGCUACUCCCAUGCCAGCCAUUACGAAAGCGAUGAAAAAGAAAAGCAAGGCUUCAACUACUAAACAAAUUGGUUCUUCGACAAGUAUUCCUGGUUUAAAAUUGAAAUCAAAUUCACCAGGAGUUUCUCCUUCGUACCCAGGUAAUGCAUCGAUUUCUGCACGUCAAACAUUUUUGAAGUGGUGUAGAUCUCAAAUGCAUCUAAACCCUGGGAUCUCAGUAAAUAGUGUUCUUGAAGUUUUACUAAGUUUGCCUGCAGGUUUAGAAACAAAGGAAAUUAUUGCUGAUACCAUAUACUCAAAUAGUUCCAUAAUGGAUGGGAGAAGAUUUGCGACCGACUUCAUUAAGAAGCGUAUUGAUUGUGAAAAGCAAUUAAUGGAUCCUUUGACAUGGAAAGAAGCUCUGGCUUUGCCGGAAGGUAGUAAGGACGAUUGGGAGUUCCAAAUUGUUAGUAAGAAGAAAGGUAGAAAGCAUUAA